AUGGGUGAUAAGGGUGUCGCAGCUGCGUGCGAUGGUGUGGUUCCUGCGACAGUAUCCCAAGUCAAGGGUCUUCAACAGGCGCCGACGGCUGCUUACACGGUGUCUCGGGCUGAUACACUUUCUAAGACUGCUGCUGAUGCGGCUGCCGCUGCUGCUGCUGCUGCUGACAUCGGGGCCAUGGCAAUCGACAGCAUGGGUUCUGGUUCGGUGAUAGCAGGGAGCCUUCACAGGCAGUCUGAUCCAGGGGUUGAUGGAGAAGCAGCGUUUCCCGCAGCACAACGCAAGGAGCCGGCGGGGCCAGAAGCACAAGUGAGCGCAGUUCGAUGUGGGAGCGCCCAGCAGGCAGGUGAAGCCCCGGCAGCAGGUGGUGCUGGAGAGCAGCAGCGUACAGCUCGACUUCUUCCCCCUGGCGAGCUCCCUACAGUGACAGCGGCUGUGGCAGUGGGAGAAUUGGGGGCAGCGAGGUGCAGGGUACUGGAGCGUGGUGAUGCUAUUGCCACUGAUGGCGCUGCUGGCGCUGCUGCUGCUGCUGCUGCUGCUGCUGGCACUGGUGGCACUGAUGGUGUUGUCGAUAUGCAAGGGGGUGAAUCCGGCUGUGCUGCGGCUGUGGCGAAGCCAUCGCACGAAGGCCUGAUGUGUGCUGUGACGCCGCCGGAUCUUGAUGGCACCAUGGCAGUGGCAGGAUUGCCGAAUCCAGUGGCGCCCACAACAUCGCCAGAUGCUUCCGCUGCGGAUAACACUGCUGCUGCUGUUCCUUCUGCAGCUGCUAAUGUUGAAGUUGAUGUUGGUGCUGCUAUUGGCGAGGCCAGAAGUGCGUCGUUCCCCUGUCCUCCUCCUGCUGUUGCUAACACCUCACCAACAGAUCCCGCUGCUGCGAUGCCUGUCGUCUCCGGUCCUGCCGCUAUCGAUUCCACCAAGCCCACUGCCAGUGCGGCCAACACCGUCAAAAACCGCAAUCCUAACACCAACAGUGCCGCCGCCAACAUCGCCGGUGCUACCAACACCACUGGUACAGCCGGUACUGUCGCCAACACCACCGGCAAUCCCACAGCGGGCUCGCAGCUGCUCCCAUUCAACACGGAGCGAGUGGAGAGCGUGUACGCGCUGGCGAGCGAGGAGCUAGGCCGGGGCGAGUUCGGCGUGGUGCGCACGUGCAUGCACCGCACCACCGGGCAGCUCUUCGCGUGCAAAUCCCUGGACAAAGCCCGGCUGCGGGAGAGCUCACGCGUGGAGGACCUAGAGAUGGAGCUGUACUGCAUGGGCAUCAUGCCGCGCCAUGGGAACGUCGUGCAGCUCGCGAGCGUGCACGAGGACGAGAGGGCCGUGCAUCUUGUGAUGGAGCUCUGCGAUGGGGGGGAUCUGUUUGAGCUGAUAGCCAAGGCGGGGCGGCUGCCGGAGGUGUUUGCUGCGUGGAUGUUCCGCCAGGCUGUUGAGGCCGUAGCGUUUUGUCAUGAGUACAACAUCGCGCAUCUGGAUAUCAAGCCGGAGAAUCUGCUCAUUCGGACCAAGAGGAACCUGCCUGGGGGGGCGUCGGCGGGGGCGUCGGCGGCGGCGUCGGUGGCUCUUGCGGCCAUGGCCACUCCCUUGGCGACUGGUAUCGCUGCCACCCUCACUGCCACUGCUGCUGUCACACUCCCUGCUGGCACUGACAGCAGGGCUGCAGCCGAUGGGGAUAGUGCUUCUGCACCUUCUGCUGAAGCUCCUUCCACUGGUCUCGUUCCUCCUCCUCCUCCUCCUCCCCCUCCUCCUCUUGCUGCUGUUGCUGAAGGCCCUGUUGCUGAUGACGGCACAGACUCUGCCACAGCCGCACGCACCACCACUGCUGCUCCCACCACUUCUGGCAUGGAGGGCAUUCGUGUGAGCAGCACUGCCACCAUCGGCACUGGCUUCACUAGUGGCGCUGGUGCUGCUGCUGCUGGUGUAUCCAUGGGUUUGGGAACCAGCAUCGGCAGGGUCGGUAGCGCUGCCGCUGCCGCUGCUGCCGCCGCUGCUGCUGCUGUUCCUGGUAGCAGUGGAGGAGGAGGAGAAGGAGGAGGGUGUGGAAGCGCAGCGCCGGCGUGUCUGGCGGGGAUAGAAGUGAAGCUGGCGGAUUUCGGGCAGGCGGUGGUGCUGUCGCCUGGGAGCACAGCGCAUGGGCUGGCAGGGUCAUCGUUCUACAUGGCGCCAGAGGUCGUCAAGGGGCGCCAGUACGGGCUCUCUGCUGAUGUGUGGAGCCUCGGUGUGCUGCUCUAUGUCAUGCUUGCAGGCUACCUGCCAUUCUACGGGGAAUCCCUCCGUCACAUCUUCCUCACCAUCUGCUCGUCCGACCCCGACUUCUCCUCGCCGCCCUGGCCCUCGCUCUCCCUAGCCUGCAAGCACCUGCUGCGCUCCAUGCUCCACCGCGACCCCCUCCGCCGCCCCUCCGCCCGCCAGCUCCUCUCUCACCCCUGGUUCUCCUGCGCGCUCCUCCCCCUCUCGCCCCCCUCCGUGCCUCGCUGCCUCUCCCCGUUCUCCUCGCCAUCUUCCUAUUCCCGCCUCUCCCCUCACUCCUCUCGCCCCUCGCUUGCCCCCCUCUCGCCCCUCUCACCCCUCUCGCGCUAUUCAAUCUCCACCAAUCCGCUGGCUACCAAACCACUCACCAGCAAGCACUUGAAUGGACAGCCAUCCUCCUCACCGCUGCUCAUGUCCCUUUUUCCGGGAGUAACUCCCCCUGAUCCUGAGGCACAGCUUUUCUCCUCAGUGCUCCUUGAAACUGCGCAGCAGCUUCCUGCUCUGGUGAACAGGGAGGAUGGGACGUGGCAGGCGGGGUUGAAGGAGGGGAAGGAGGCGAAUGAGGGGAAGUGGGAUUGCGCAUACGGUCUGCUCGAUACUGCUGGCGUGGGUGAUGCGAAUGCUUUCGUGGAUGAAUGCGGGAUGAAGUAUAGCAUAAGUGGGUAUCUAGAUGCGGUUCUGGAUGCAGCAGCUGGUGAUGAAGUGGCUGGGGAUGGAGAGUCAGAUGGAGGGGAUGGUGCUGGAGGGAAGAUUGAUGGGGUGGCGUGCAUGGGUGCAGCAGGUGGGGAAGGGUGCUUCGAUGCUGUUGCUGCUGCUGCUGCUGCUGGGACUGACUGUGCCAGUGGCCCACAAGGCGCCGCGUCAGUGUGGACUAGCACGGGAGGGUUGGCUCUGCUCGAUGGCCAUCACACCCCGCAGCAGGAGACGCAGGAGCAUCAGUAUUACCAGCAGGAGCAGCAGCAGCAGCAGCAGCAGAAGCAGAUGGAGAGUGGUGACGAUGGAGAUGUGUUGCUGACUGCCCGUGACAUGAGUCCACACACCUGUGACCCCACACGUCGAGCCAUGCAAGGUCCUGUCAUUGCAGCUUCCAGCAACGCUCCUACUGCUGCGCUCGAUCCCUCCAGCAACUAUGGGGCGGGUGUGUUCAGUGUGUGCGCAGCUCCUUGCACUGUGCUCGAACCCUCCAAUGUAUUACGCUUUUGCGCCACAGGUAAUACGCUCCAUCCCUCCGCUGCUGCGGAUUGCGCUGUCAUGGAUGUAGGUAUGGUGGGAGCUGGGGCUGGCUUGGUGAGCCCGAAGAGAAAGGCAGAGGCGGAGGCGGAGGGGGAGGGGGAAGGGGAAGGGGAUGAGGAGGGAGAAGAGGCGCAGGAGGAGGGGGAAGGGCGGGGGGAUGUGCGGGAUGCAUGGGCGUGGUCUGGUUUGGGCAUGUCUGCUGUUCCUGCUGAUGAUACAGUGCAGCCUGCUUGGAUUGAAAGCAGGCAGUGCAGCUUUAGUGUGGGAACGACUAGUGCUGCACCUGCCAGUGCGGGCAAUAGUGGUGGUGGUGGUGGCACUGGCAGCGCUGGCAGCGAGGCCGCUGCUCGUUACGGUGUUGCUGUGGCGUCAUAUGGUACCGCCAGUGGGAGCACUGCAACAGCAGCAGCCGCCGCAACAACAGCAGCGGCCGCAACAGAAUCAGUUGCAGCAGCUGCAGCAGAGGAGGACGUGGAGAUAUCUCUUGAGAUCGCUGAAGCUCUCAAUCAUGCAAUGGAUGAAGAAGCGGAGCAGCAGCAGCACGGCCCUGACCUGGGGUGCACUCUCUCCCAGGACCUCUCACACGCGCUGGAGCAGGAAGAGCUCACACACGCACUCACACAGGAGCUAGCCCAUGCGCUUGAGCAUGGGGUUGACGAUGCAUGGGCGGAGGGCCAAGGGUGGGAGGGUGCACAGGCGGACGGUGCUGCUGUGGAUGGGUCAAUUGGGGACUUGGCCGAUUUUGGAGAAGGGAUGGAGCUGGAAGAUUUGGAUGCUGCUGACGCUGUUGGUGCGGCCGCUGGUGCGGAACGUGAAGCUGCGGAAGUUGGCACAUCCCCACUGGGCCGCAGGGGUGGGAAACGGCUGGAGACUAGUAGGGCAGCAGGGGGCAGGAUGGUAGGAGAGAAGGGUGGACCAGCAGGAGCAGGUGGAGCAGCGGCUGCGAAUCAAGCAGGUGGAGGAGCUGUUGGGAGUCCAAGGCAGGAGGGGCGGAGGAGAGGGUCAGAAAGAGCCACAGGAGGAGCGUGUGAGGUGGCAGUGGUGUCCCAGCCUCUACUGCCCCACCAUGCCAUGGCGUGUCACGAUGGGUGCUCUCCUGUUCCGGUGGUGGUGGCUGGAGAAGGCGAAAGGCCUGGCACUUGGGGAAGGCGGAGAGUGAGAGCCGGCUCUCGUGCUGCGAUUAAUACUGCUGCUGGUUUUGGAACCGGUGCUGCGGCUGGUGGGUCGUUUCAGAUGGGAGUGAGGGUGAGCGCCGGUGUGAAGUCCCGAGCAGCAAGCAGCACAGUGAAGCACACAGCAGCAGGCGUGGUGCAUCUCCUCUCACUGCCCUCCCUUUCCGCCCUCACUGCAUCUUCUGGAAGGGCAGGUAUGGCAGCAGCAGCAGUAGCAACAGCAGCAGCAGCAGCGGCUGUUGCCAGGGCAGGGGAGUCCGGGUCGACAGCAGCAGGACCUUCCGUCCUUACUGCUACCCCUCAUGCUCCUCGUGCUGCUGUUCUGCCGCGCACCUGUGCUGUUGCUUCUGCUGCUGCUACUUCUUCCCCUGCUGGUGCUGGCAGGGUGUCUCCCCUGCAUGCGCGGCGCCCUCCCAUGCUGGUGAUCCCACGGUCCGACUCAGACUGUUGCCAGGAGGCCGAUGCAGCGCAGCAGGGGGGUCAGGGGGUGAACACAUGGGGGCAGCAAGGGGGCAGCGGGGACGCAGCAGGCUCGCAGGGAGGGGGAACAGGAGGGGGAAGGGGAAUGGGGAUGGGAGGAGCUGUUGGGUUCCCAGGCAGGGUUGUGCGCAGGUCGCUCAAUCGCCAGUACAUGGAUGGUUCACCGCCCGUGCUUCCCCCUCACAACCCAGGAGAGGUCCUUCCGUGUUCUUCCAUCUCCCUGUCCCCUUCCUGCUCCCCCGGUUCUGCCUCUCUCCCCUCCCCAUGGCCUCUCACUGCUACCCCUGGCGGCCCUUCCGACUGUGCUGCUGCUGGUGCUACCCCAGUGUCAGCUUACAUCUCAGAUAGAGCAGCAGGGGGGAGUGGUGGGUGGAAGGAGACGAGGACGGGGGGACUUGGGGAGGGAUGGCUAGGAGAGGACGCUGUGAGAGAGGGAGGAGUGCAGGGGGAGGGGUUGGGAGACGGUAGUGCAGUGGAGGAUGCAAGCAUGGGCGACUUGGGAUAUGAGCGCUUGGGGGAACUGAUGGGUGGUCGGGAUGAUGUUGCUGGACUGAGCAUGGGCAUGUGCGUGGGCAUGGGCAUGGGAGGGCAGUUCAGUAUGGUUUCGGGGAUGGCACCUGCUGACAGGAUGCAUGGUGUGUUUGCAACGAGGGUUGAUCCUCGCAUGGUGGGGGUUGGCGUGGGGGCAGUGGGGGUGGGAGAUGGGGGAGGGAGUGGAGGCGCUGCUGUGCAGAGCGUGAGCGGAGCCAAGGAAGGGGGGCAUUUCCAUUCCAGCUUGUUGGUCUUCGAUUUCCUUUAG